GGUUACAUUUACAUAAACCGGCACUACUGCGCCACUUUCAUGUAGACUCUCUCUCUCUCUCUCUCUCUCUGUGUUCAGUGGAGAAUGGAGAUCUCCUCAGCCACGCCCAUUUCUUUAAUGUCUUUAAAUAGUUAAUUUGUUCGUAAUUAUUGCUAUUAUUUAAACCUUUCUUCUAUUUUUAAAAGAGUUGGCCUUCUUCUCCAUUUGUUACGUUUUCCUUGUUUGACGAUCUUCAGCUCAGCUCAGAAUUUCGUCGUCUUCUUCUUCGGAUUUCGUAUUUUCUGUUUCACUCUGAUCGAUAAAAAGGAACGAAAAAAAAAAGGGAAAUUCAACGGGAUUUGCAGCGUCUCUGAAUUGCAUUUGGAUUUAACUUUCCCGCUCAGGGAUGGAAUGAAAAACUUCGCUCUUUUUCUCUUAAGGAAAGUAAAAAGAUGAACACCAGGGUGCGGACCACGCUUCAGACCAUGAAAGCUCCUUUAAAGCACGAUGAGAAAAAGGAAAGCAUGGAGGUUGAAGGGAGCAGAUUGAGAGCAACAACCAAUCGUCGUAGAUCAAGCAGAGAAAAGAAAAUGGCCUUGCUUCAAGAUGUUGACAAGCUAAAGAAGAAGCUUAGACAUGAAGAGAAUGUUCACCGAGCACUGGAGAGGGCUUUUACAAGACCUUUGGGAGCUUUGCCUCGUCUGCCUCCUUAUCUCCCUCCAUAUACACUAGAGCUUCUUGCUGAAGUUGCAGUUUUGGAAGAGGAGGUUGUUCGUCUUGAAGAACAGGUGGUGAGUUUCAGACAAGGUCUCUAUCAAGAAGCUGUCUACAUUUCCUCCAAGAAUGUUGUGGACAAUCUGACAGAUACACAUGAUCAGUGCUUGAUUAAAAGUUCAAAACAUGUUAGAUCAAAAUCUUUGUUCCAAAAUGACGCCAAUUUGGUAACAUCUGAGGCAAGGCCUCUACCUUCUCUUACCAGAACCAAUUCAAGCAGAAGGCUGUUGUCCUCCGACUCCAUCUUUGAUCAAAUAGGAAAUUGUUCGAGCAGGACUAUGAAUGGGAAACAAGCUUUGAUGAAUUCCAAUUCUUCUUCUGUUUUUCCCGAAGAUAGGCUGGGAAAAGAGAAUCUUCUGUUCACUAGUUCCACAAAGAAUAAGCAAUCUCCAGAAAAGAAAAGCCCCAGAAUCACCACCCCAGUUAACAGACCUCCAAUCAAGAAUGAGAUAAUUGAGAGCGGUCGGGAUUCUCAGAAGCUACAGGUAGAGUGCAGAUUAGCAGAUGAGGGAAGGGCAAAAGAGAGCUCUUCAGGUUUUUCAUUUGAAAAUGUUUCAGGGGCUGACAGAGGACCAAAUGAAAUUUCUGAGGAUAUAUUGAAGUGUUUGUGUAACAUUUUCUUGAGGAUGAGCAUGCUGAAGAACAAAGUGGUGGAAUCGAAGAUUUUGCCACCUCCAUUGGCAUUGGUUUUUCAUGAAAAGAAUCAAGAAACAGAGUUUUGGGAUCCUUACGGUAUCUGUUCAGAUGUUGUAAAGAGAGAAAUUGGUCCUUAUAAGCAUCUUCAUGCUAUUGAAUCUAAUUCAGUUGAUCUCAGCCGAGCAACAAAUGCAUUGUUUCUCAUCCAUAGAUUAAGGCUCCUCCUUGAGAAGCUUGCUUCAGUCAACUUAGAGGGCCUUAGCCAUCAGCAGAAGCUUGCAUUCUGGAUAAACAUUUAUAAUUCCUGCAUGAUGAAUGCAAUUCUAGAGCAUGGGAUUCCUGAGACUCCUGAACUGGUUGUAACACUGAUGCAAAAGGCAACUAUAAAGGUGGGAGGAUACUUGCUGAAUGCAAUUACAAUCGAACACUUCAUCUUGAGACUGCCUUAUCACAUGAAAUAUCAGACCUGCUCAAAAGCCACAAAAAAUGAUGAGAUGAAGGUACGGAGCAUGUUUGGAUUAGAGUGGUCUGAGCCAUUGGUUACAUUUGCACUCUCCUGUGGAAGCUGGUCCUCUCCUGCUGUGAGGGUGUACACAGCAUCUCAAGUUGAGAAUGAGUUGGAAGCUGCAAAGAGAGACUAUUUACAUGCAGCAGUUGGCAUUUCAUCGACAAAGAAGUUAAUAAUCCCCAAAUUACUGGAUUGGUAUUUACCUGAUUUUGCAAAAGACUUGGAAUCAUUGUUGGAUUGGGUCAGCCUACAAUUACCUGAUGAAGUGAGAAAUGAAGCAGUUAAAUGCCUGGAGAGAAGGGGACAGGAACCCUUGUCUCAGUUGGUCCAAGUAAUGCCAUACGAUUUCAGUUUCAGAUACCUUCUAUACCAAUAGUUCAAUUCCCUAAUAACCCUCCAGUCAGCAUACUUAAAAAGAACUCAGGAAUGGUGGGUAUGUAUAUUCAUACAAACGACACAACCAAACUACAAUUAAUAUAAUGUUGCCUUACCACACGCCAGAGUGGGAGAAAUACUGUUUUCUCACACAUAACAUUGGGUGGUGAUGGGUUCAUUAGAUUUUGGUAUUGGAGGGGGGGCAUAGAAAUGUUGAUGUAUUUUGAGUUUUACUUUCUAUUUUUUAUCACUCUUUCAGGUGAGGUACAUUUGUCACCACUGAGCAAAAAAUGAUUAUUCCAACGAGACUCUUUUGCCGCCCAGUCUGGGACAUAGACCGGGACCUAGACGUGCAAAGGUUUUUCACAUUCACAACCCAAAAAUUAAUUGCUAAGUUCAGUGUCAAAUAGCUCAAA